UGCCGUAAGAAGAAAGGAAAAGGGAAUAGCACUUGCAGGCUCCUCUCUCUAUAUAUUCAGAGUGGUGGGAGACGAAGAGAUAUAGACAGAGAGGAGAAGAAAGAAGAUCAGCGCUAAACCAACAAAGGAAACCAGAGAGAUACACCAACUUAACCCUCAAACAAAAGAAAAAGCCUAUAGUUGAAGCAUAGGAUUAGAAGAGUCAUCACCCACAAAAGAUGUGUGGCAGAAGAAAAAACCUACCCAAGUGAAAGAGAUUGGAAGAGAGACUUUAGAUUUUACAAGUCCAUCCCUUUUCUUUCAUCACCUCCACUACCCACAAGAGAUAGAGUACAGAGCACUGAAAAGUCCACCUUUUGUUCUUGUAUAACCCAGCUUCCACACCCUUCAUUUAAUUUCCUCUCCCAAUUCUUCCUUUUUCUGACCGAGAAGUACUUGGAGGGAUCAAAAUACGACAGACCCUCAAAGCUAUAUCCAAAGAGGAAGACGGAGAUGUGUGGAUUCAAAGAAGAAGAUCAGGGUGAGUGUUCUCAGACCAUCCAUAACUUCCAAGGCUACCAAGAACAGAUGCUUCUCCAACACCACCAACAAAUGCAACAGCAACAAAGCAAUGACAUAUAUGGAGGUGCUAGAGGAUCCGGGUUGAUUUUUCCUGAAGUUUCACCAAUCUUAACAUGGUCUCUUCCUCCAGUCCAUUCCUUCAACCCGGCCCAGUUCUCUUCCAAUCCGGUUCGUGGCCACGACCCAUUCCUUAUCCCACCUCCAGUGCCAUCAUCAUAUGGGAAUCUAUUCAACAGACGAGCUCCUGCCCUGCAGUUUGCAUAUGAUGGUCCAUCAAGUGAUCAUCUUAGAAUCAUCUCCGACACUCUUGGGCCGGUGGUCCACCCCGGUUCAGCUCCUUUUGGGUUGCAAGCUGAGCUGGGAAAGAUGACUGCUCAAGAAAUCAUGGAUGCUAAGGCUCUUGCUGCUUCAAAGAGUCACAGUGAGGCCGAGAGGAGGAGAAGAGAGAGAAUCAACAACCAUCUUGCAAAGCUACGUAGCCUACUACCAAGCACAACAAAGACAGACAAAGCUUCACUGCUUGCAGAGGUAAUCCAGCACGUUAAAGAGCUAAAACGUCAGACUUCUUUGAUUGCCGAAACAAGUCCAGUACCUACAGAAAUUGAUGAGCUAACAGUAGAUACAUCCGAUGAAGAUGGUAAAUUUGUGAUCAAAGCUUCACUUUGUUGCGAAGAUAGGUCUGAUCUUUUGCCUGACCUAAUAAAAACCUUGAAAGCCUUACGCUUAAGAACACUAAAAGCUGAGAUAACAACACUUGGUGGGCGUGUGAAAAAUGUUUUAUUCAUCACUGGAGAAGAGGAUUCUUCAAGUAACAGCAACGAUGAGGAGCAACAGCAACAGGAACAACAACAACCACCAUAUUCUAUAAGUUCAAUCCAAGAAGCAUUGAAAGCAGUCAUGGAGAAGACAAGCGGAGAUGUGUCUUCUUCAGGGAGUGUUAAGAGACAAAGAACCAACAUCAGUAUCCUCGAGCAACAGCAACAACAAAACAGAGACGAGUAAUGAUGGUGUGUUUUGUGUACUUACAUCACUCCAAAUAUAGAGGGAGAGAUAGGGAUUGUGGUUGUUAUUUCUUGCUGGGGUUCCCUUCUCAUUUAAUUUGGUGUGCAUUAUUGGGAUUUGGCUGUGCACACAAGAGACUCGUGAGAGAGAGAGGCCAUGCAGUGCACUAGCAGACAAGAAAAAGUGCAGAGAGAUCAGAGAAGAAGAGCAAAGUAUUCCAAAUUUUCUAUGUUAGGUUUUAAUAUAAGGUUUCUGUUCUCACGAAAAAGAUUUUUCCCAUGAAAAAACAAUCCAAAUUUUCUAUUAUACUAUUUCUCCGUGUUUCUCUCGUCA